ACAGAGCUCGCGAUGGGACUGGUCUGAAGGCAGCGAGAAGGCGGGGCGGGAAUGCUUAGACUGAAGCAUUAAGGUGGGGGGGGGGGGAGAGCUGCUGCUGGUGAGGUCCGGGGUCCGCUGGGCAGGAGUGGAGCUUAGGUACAGUCUCUCCCGACUGGGCGCUCCUCGUGCGGAAGGUGCGGAGCUGGGGCUGCAGAAUGUCUUCAGAGGUGGAGCCGGGUGACCUGGCCAAGGUGGUCCAGGUGUUGAUCCUGUCCAGUGCCUGGGGCAUGCAGGUCUGGGUUACCUUCAUCUCAGGAUUUGUGUUGUUUCGGGGGCUGCCUCGACACACAUUCGGACUGGUCCAGAGCAAGCUCUUCCCCUUCUACUUCCACGUCUCUCUGGCCUGUGCCGCCAUCAGCCUGGGCAUUUUCCUGUUCCAUCACCCAUUGGUGAAGCUCAGCUUUACCCUGGCAGAAGCUGGUCAGCUCAGCCUCCUGGCUUCGAGCCUGGCUCUGUCAGCUCUGAAUGCUCGGUGGCUAGAGCCCAGGACUACAGCUGCUAUGUGGGCCCUGCAAGCAGUGGAGAAGGAGCGAGGUCUAGGUGGAGAACCCCCAGGACCUCCCCAGGGCCAAGGCCAAGACCCCUACCGUCGGCUUCGGGAGCAGGAUCCCAAGUAUCGGACCCUUCGGCAGACCUUCUUCCACUAUCAUGGCCUCUCCUCCCUCUGUAAUUUGGGGAAUCUGCUUAGCAAUGGCAUCUGCCUUGCCUUCCUGGCACUGCACCUUCAAAGCCUGUAGGAGCAGGACCUCUUCUCACUGCUGAGAGGAGGGAUUCUAGCUCCUGCCCUGUGCCCGAAUCUAACCCACAUAGACCAGGUUCACUUGGACUCUGCUCAGCUGACUCUGUGGGUCAAGCAGCCAAGAAAGAAGAGAGCCUGCCUCCUUUCCUAUCCUCUGUCCAUCCUGGGUCAUGGGUUCCAAUUCUCUGAUCCAGGACACUCUUUAUAGCUCUUCCUCCUUCCUCUUCCAAUACCUGUUCCAGGUAUUGGAUAUGGUUCUAGCUACCUGAGCCAGAACUGGAAGACUUUCUGUGACUAUGAUUCUAUAUCAUGUAUUUCCUAUUAAAAAAUGGUUUCUCACA